CAUAUCUCGGCCUGCAGCUGCCGACGUAAACAACGAGUGAAAAACACAACAUUGCUCGGGGCAUUUUUCAAUACGUGUCACUUGCAAACAAGUACAUCUAUAUAGGCUCUGGUUUAUAUAGCGCCACAUCAGCAAAGAUUCAGCACGGAAAUUGAAGUCAGACAUGGAGGGAGUCCUGUGGAAAUGGACAAAUUAUUGGACAGGCUGGCAACCACGCUGGUUUGUGCUGGACGAUGGAGUCCUGGUCUACUACAAAUCUCAGGAAGAAGUUAAUCAGGGUUGCAAAGGUUCGCUAAAAAUCACUGCUUGCGAAAUCUCAGUGAGUCAAGCAGAUCCUCUUCGUCUCGAUGUUACUGUUCCUGGGGAACAGCACUUCUACCUUAGGGCUUCCACAUCACAAGAAAGGCAGCAGUGGCUGGUAGCACUUGGCAGUGCCAAAGCCUGUGAAGGCCUCACAACAAAAGAUACAUACAGUGAACCAGUAUAUAUUUCAGUUCCCGAAGAAAGAGACAGUUUGAAAUCCAAACGAAGUGAAUUGAGGCUCUACUGUGAUUUAUUGAUGCAGCAAGUUCAUUCUGUGAAAGAUGCAGCUACACAAGCACCUCCAGAUGUUGAAAAACUGGACGAAUCCACGCACUUGCUCUCGGCCACUUGCGACACCUUCAUAUCGACCCUAGAAGAGUGUUUGCGGCUUGCCAAAGCCGAGUUUAACUACCAGUUGCCCCAUUCUACGAUCGACAAAGCACUCAACGGCUACAAUCACGACCCUUCCCAUUCUCCCGCGCCCAUAUCGCCGUCCGGUAGGAAAUCCUCACGUUCUAGUUCUAGAAUGUGAGCCCAGUGAAAGCUAAACAAACCCCCGUUAGACUAUGAAAGAAAUCUCUCGCAGCCUUGAAUUCGUUUGCCAACUAUUUCACCAUUCCAAAUGUUGUGAACAAAAUUGCGAAUCUAAGACAACCGACAAAAGACACUUUUUAAAUUAUAAUAUUAAAAAAUCUUCCCUCUCUAGUCAUCGAAUA